AUGUUUGUCUUCUACGACAUGUGGCGGAUCACGGCCUGUAUGGACCUGCAAACAGUGGAGCAGCGGUUCACGUACUGCUACAAACAUGCCAGCAUGUCCAUGUUGAUCACCUCCUUCACCACAGCGGCAGCCUUUGCCUCCAACAUCUUUACCCCGCUGUUCGGCAUCAGCAGCUUCGCCAUCUUCACCACCAUACUGGUGAUUAUCAACUACCUGUCGGCCAUCCUCUUCUUCCCUAUAUGUGUCAUCGUGUACCACAAACAUCUAGCGCAGCUCCCGUGGCCGUGGCAGAUCUUCUUCCCACCGCCUGUCAGACAACAGCCCAAAACAAAACGUCCCAAUGUUAUUGUCCGUUUCUUCAAGGGUCCGCUGUACCGAUUUGUCACCCAUAGAGUGGGCAAGUGGAUACUCAUACUGUCCACCACAUUAACC